CGAAGCAGGGAAGUGUGCAAAAUUCUAAGAAUAGCAACAACUAGUGAAUAAAACCAGCGUGCGAUAUUGGCGAGCCUCGCCCAUUUUUGAUAAGCUGGUUACUUAGUGGCACAAACUCUGCACCCAUUUCAAGACAAGUUUUAGAAAUUAUAUAUACGCUGAUUUUUAGAUGGCUGUUAUUAACAAAUUAUUGGCUUUUACUUUGAUUUUUAUUUCUACGGUGAAAUGCCAAGAUCAGUCUGUCUAUCAAUAUUUUGCUGACACUGCUAAUCUUACCGGGCUAGUAGCCGAAAACCAAGAAUUUAGGCUGAAUGGAAAGUACAUCCGAAUAAUUAGUGGAGCAAUCCAUUACUUCCGGGUCCAUCCCGACUUGUGGAGAGACAGACUACGAAAGCUGAGGGCAACGGGAGCCAACACUGUGGAAAGCUAUGUACCCUGGAAUCUUCACGAACCUCGGAAGGGAGAAUUUGAUUUUGGUAAUGGAAGCAACGAUUUCUCAAUAUUUUUAGAUGUGCAACGCUUCCUACGUACCGCUCAGGAAGAGGAUCUCUUAGUAAUCAUCCGACCUGGGCCUUACAUAUGUGCAGAAUGGGAAUAUGGAGGCUACCCAUCUUGGCUUCAGAGGGAUCCCGAUAUGCAAAUCAGAUCGGAGGGUCAACCUUAUUUGGAUCGAGUCAAAAUAUUUUUAGAUGCUUUCGUCCCACAAAUUUCUGAUUUUAAAUUUACGAAUGGAGGUUGCAUUAUUGCUGCUCAGAUUGAAAAUGAAUACGGCUCAUUUAAUCCAAAAUCCACCCAUUAUCUUGAAACAAUUCGCCAAGGAUUCCUUGACAAUGGUUUGGAUUGUUUACAUUUUACAUGUGACAAUCAUUUCAAUGAGGGGAGCGGUGGAUCGCUUCCUGGAUUAUUGCAAACAGCUAACUUUAAGGAAAAUCCUGACCAAAUUUUGGGAGACCUCUUACGUGUUCAGCCGGACAAACCUAUCAUGGUUAUGGAAUUCUGGACAGGAUGGUUUACCAAUUGGUUUGAUGAACGCAGAGGAGGCUCUGAUCCUUCUCAAUUUCGACAAGUUCUGGAAACAAUCUUCUCCACCUACAACGGCUCAGUCAACUUUUACAUGUUCCACGGUGGAACUAAUUUCGGCUUCACGGCUGGAGGUGGUGAUGUUGGUGACAUUGGUGCUCCAGAUGCUUAUGCUGUAGCUGAUAUUACAAGCUAUGAUUACGACGCUCCAUUGACUGAAGCUGGGGAUUACACAGUGAAAUACGAAUUUGCUGCUGAGCUGAUUUCCCAAUACGAAAACCCAAAAUUGAGGAGGCCAUUAAGACCAAUCCAAAGUCAAAAGACCGCUUAUCCGACUCUACAAUUGCAACGAUAUUUAAACUAUACCGAUAUUAUAAUGGAAAUCCCUUCCAGUCACAAAAUUCUACAGGACAAACCUGUCUCAAUGGAGCUUCUGCCAAUAAACAAUGGUAAUGGGCAGACUUUUGGAUACAUCAUUUACAGAAAAGUAGCCAAUUUUAGCCCUGGUGACCGGUACAAGGUUUCAAGACCAAAAGACCUCGCAGAACUAUUGAUAGAUGGUGAACUGGUCGAUACUGGAUUUACCAACGCACAGCCUCAAUACUGGUUCAACGACAUUCAUGAUAUUGCCUUGAACGUAUCCAGCGGUGAGCACACAAUCGAUUUGUUUGUGGAUGUCAUCGCCCGAACAAAUUGGGGAGGUCGUUGGGAACAUUUCAACCAACAGAAAGGUCUACCGGAGAUUACUGGGUCAAAAAUUGAAAUUAAUAACAUAGAGAUUCAAGGAGUCGAAAUCAUUGCAUUGGAAUUUACCCAGGCAUGGGUCAAUGGGCUGGAAAACUGGAAAACCGUGGAAGACGACCCAGCAGCCCUAAAAGGUCCAUGUCUUGUUCAAUCGUCCUUCACAAUUCCUACAACUCCGACUGAUACUUUUCUCAAUAUGAGUGGCUGGCACAAAGGUGUCGUAUUUGUGAAUGGCUUCAAUGUUGGACGGUACUGGAAGGUCGGGCCACAGCAAAAUUUGUAUGUCCCGGCUCCACUUUUAAACACUGGAAUCAAUACGAUCAUCGUUUUUGAGCAGUUUGAGCCCAGUGAUAGCAUUGUAUUUUCAAACAUACCGAACUUAGGUCCUCCUUUUUUGCCAUGAGGUGGAUAAUUUGGUCAAGGGAAAAAUGUUAGCUUAAUUGUUUAAAUAUUAUAAUUAGCUAAAUGAUAAAUAAAGAUGAUAUAUAUAAAUUA